UGACUCCAUAUUUCUAGACUCGUGGGUACUGGUGGGUCACGUAACGCGGGCUGUACCCUAUUGAUUUGUGACAGCAACGUGGAAGUGUCACAACAGACAUCGACCAGACGUCAAAAUAGGCGAACCAGACUUGUUCAGCUGACUAUGACAGAUCUGAGAUUAAUCCCAUCUCACUACCAGCCUCAUCGGGACAAUGACCUCAGUCGAAGCGGCGCGAUGAAGUCAUCCAGUCUCUAGUACCAGAUCACCACCGUUACCAGCACCAAUACCAGACUCAAAUGGAAUAAUAGCAUUCACGCCUCAGUGGAAGCAAUAAUGGCCACCCUAUGAAAGCCCACGGGACACAUCGGCGUCAUUGUGUAUCAUCGUCGCCACUUGAUACCAGCGAGGAAAUAUAUAGGGGCCCCUUGAACAGUGGCCUUAUGAUGGUUGACAGAUCAAACCGAAACAUUUACACUGAAGUGUUCAAUUGCACAUAUCUAACCACCAUCAUGCCCUCUUCCAAAACCGACACCGCAAUCCGUCUUCCCGAAAACGAAGACCAAACCCGUCGUCUGCGAAACGUCACCCAAGACCGCAAGGCCGUUUCUCGCCUGCAGGACGAAGCUAACUCCUCCAAGAAUAAGGUCGAGGAUGUAAGCAGCUGGGGAACUGGGCAGUUGCUGGGCACCGGUAUGGAUGAUGCGGGCAACCCCGUACCGGACCCCGUCUCGUUUGGAAAUGGACGCAAGGCGAGGAAUAAUCAGCAGCAGCAAAAGGAUGAAGCGGAUGUUUAUGAAGCCAUGACCCAGGAUUUUGAAUAGGUACACUAUUCUGUAGUUAGGAUGUUGUGUACAGUUAAUGAAUGGUAUCCAUAAUUUGAAUUCCAGA